AUGGGUGGAUGUGUCAGCCACGAUCGUGACAAUCAUCGACGACGAUCACAUUCAUCUCGAAGUAGUGCGACAACAAGCGGAACUGUUGCUCGAAAUAAACCAUUGAAUCGUUCAGUUUGUCGUCCAAAAUGGAAAUCAGAUGUACCAAUUACUGAAAGUCAAUUACGUCGAAAACGAGAAGAAUACUGGGAUACGGCACCUGCAUUCGAAGGUCGUAAAGAAAUUUGGGAUGCUCUUCGAGGUGCAUGUUAUGCAGUUGAACAGAAUGAUAUUGAUUUAGCUCAAUCAAUUAUAAAUUGUGCUAAUAUAUCACUUCCUCAUGGAACACUUCUUGAUUGUUAUGAUGAACUUGGAACACGUUAUCAAAUACCUGUAUAUAUUCUAUCAGCACCAACAAAUUUAGCUGAUAUUGAACAAUCAUCAGUUAAUGAUAAUGAAUCCGGUACAAGUGAUAUUGAUCUUGCAGCAACAGCUAUUGCUGAUCGUGAACGAGAUUUACGAGAUAAUCAAAGUAUAUCAACAUUAAGUCAACAACGUACAACCUCAAAAUCACCAACAGGAGGCGGAGGUCAUAAUCCAAUAGUACGUGAAAUAAAAAAACAUCGUCGAAAACAAAAAUCACAUGUAGAUUCAAGUGGUAAUGAAUCAUCAUCAACAAAUACACCAACACCACCAGUAUUAAUCAAUCAACAACAAGCAAAUAGUGAUCAAGAUAUUGAAAUUCCGAUUAAAUUUCGUUUAUCAAAUGGUAAAGAACAUCGAUUAUAUUGUAAAUCAAAUGAAAAAAUUCGUAAUAUUAAAAGACGUUUGGCUAUGUUAGAAAAUGGAGCUAUUGAUUCACAAACUCAACGUUUAUUUUUUGGAGGAAAACUAUUACGAGAUCGAACAGCUAUAUGUGAAACUCGUUUACAACAUAAUUUCGUUGUACAAGUUAUAUUACAAGAUCAACCAAUGCCACCAAAUGGUGCAAUUACAACAACUAGUCAUGUAACAAUUAAUAAAGAUCAUACUAGUUAUUCAACACCUGUUGAAUUUCCUGAACCUUUAAUGAAUGAAUGA